AUGAUCUCGUUUUGGUAUGUGGCACUUUUUGGUAUCUAAACCUAUAUUUUAGCAAAUUGGGACUAAACUUCGAGGACAGAUUGAUCUUUCAUGUUUUGCAAGGUUUGCCGAAGCUGAUCUUUACCUUCUUCUAUGGAAUUGUGAGGGCUUUCUUGCCUUGGGAUUGGCUUCCACACAAAGAUGUUCGUGAACAGACCGUUCUUAUCACUGGAGCAGCCAGUGGUGUUGGUAGAUUGUUGGCUGUCAAGGUGGGUUUAUGUCAUUUUGUUUGAAAUCUUGUGUAAGAUUUCCAGUUUAAUGUAUAUAUCAUAAUUUUUGGCUGUUUUACAUUUUUUUAGUUUUAUCGCUAUGUUAUUUAUGCUUAACCAAUGUAUUUUAGUUUGCUUCUUUGGGUUGUAAAUUGGUAUUGUGGGACAUAAACAAUCUUGGAAACUUUGAGACGGCAGAGAUGUGCAAGAAGUAUGAUGUUCAAGUAUCCGCAUAUACCGUUGACAUUACCAACACAGAAGCAGUUGAGAAGACAGCUUCGUUGGUUCUGAACAAGUUUGGAUCUGUUGACAUUCUAAUUAACAAUGCCGGGAUUGUGACUGGGAAGAAGUUGUUGGAUUGUCCUGACGAGACUUUCGAUUUGACUAUGAAUGUCAACGCGAAUUCCUUGUUUUAUGUGAGUUUGCAUGUUGUCUAUGUCUGUAAUGGCAGUUUUUAUGCUUAUGGUUUGAAAGAUUGUAGAUUGAUUGCUGGAAAAGCUACAAAAUAGUUUUAAAUGUUCUUUAUAAGUAGUAUAAUUUUAGGUAACAAAACGUUUUUUGCCAAAAAUGAUUGCAAAUGAUCGUGGACAUAUUGUAGUAGUGGCUUCGAUGGCUGGACGUAUUGGAGUGAAUGGCUUGGUUGACUACAGUGCUUCAAAGUUUGCUGCUUGUGGGUUCACAGAAGCUUUACACGCUGAAUUGACGUCCACCAAUUCGAAUGUCAAGACCACUUUGAUUUGCCCCUACUAUGUUAAUACUGGGAUGUUCGAAGGAGUUAAGAGCAGUUUUCCCAAUUUGCUGCCUAUUUUGGAGCCAGAAUAUGUCAGAGAUCAGAUCGUCGAGGCGGUGCUAACUGACACUCACAUCGUCUACAUGCCUCGCUUCUGCUACUUUACUAUGGUUAUCAAAGAGUAAGUUACGUGUAAAGAUUAUAUAUUUAUCUUCAUGGUUGUAUCAUUCAUUCCAUAUUAAGUUGAAGGGAACGUUGUACUUGUUCUUUAAUCUCUAGUUGCUUCAUUUCCAAUAAUUUUACGUUAAUUCAUGGUGGUGUAUUACGUUUUGCUUAAUUAUACAUGACCUAUAAUUAGCAACUUACUCUGUAAAUGCAGAGUAUUUAGAGCCAUUGAAAUUGAAAACAACUCUCUUUUCAUUACCUACUUAUUGUAGGUUGUUCUCGGUAUACACUGGUGACGCCAUCGCUGAAAUCUGUGGAGUUCAUCAACAAAUGGCAGGUUUCAAAGGUCGAAAACAGAUAGCGACUUAA